AUGUCUUUUACAUUUGUAGCUUUUGCCUACCUUGCUGCACUCAUACUUACAGCAUUACUUAUCUUUUUCGCCAUAUGGCACAUUAUUGCAUUCGAUGAAUUAAAAAAUGAUCACAAAAAUCCGAUUGAACAAUGCAAAUCUUUGAAUCCGUUGAUUAUACCGGAAUACGCGACGCACGCAUUCAUUAAUUUACUAUUUCUAUUCGGCGGUCAAUGGUUUACACUCUUUCUCAAUAUGCCAUUGAUUGCUUUUCAUAUCAAUAAAUUUCGCAACCGUCCAGUCAUGAGUGGAUUUGGUAUUUAUGACCCCACAAGUAUAAUGAACGCUCAAACAUUGAAUUCUCUUCAACGUGAAGGAUGGAUCAAACUUGGUUUUUAUGUGAUUACGUUUUUCUACUACCUUUACGGAAUGAUUGCUGAAUUAAUUCGUGAUUAA